AUGUGCCUUUUAGUGGAGGCACUAGAGCAGAUGUCCGAAUACGCCAAGUUUAUGAAGGAUCUUAUAACAAAGAAGAGAACAGUUAGCUAUGAAUCGGUGGAUAAUCUUUACCAUUUUAGCUCAAUUUCAACAAGAUCUUUGGUACAAAAAAAAGCAGACCCGGGAGUGUUCACCAUCCCUUGCACUAUUGGGUCACAUGAUUUUGCUAAGCCCUUAUGCGAUCUCGAAGCAAGUAUUAAUUUGAUGCCUCUUCCUAUUUAUAAGAGGUUAGGUUUAGGGGAUCCUACACCCACAAAUAUGCAAUUAGUGAUGGCGGAUAGGUCAGUGAAGCGACCAGCAGGGAUAUUUUAUAAUGUGCUAGUAGGGAUAUUUUAUAAUGUGCUAGUAAAGGUGGCCAACUUUAUAUUCCCUCUGGAUUUCAUUAUUUUAGACUAUGAGGUAGAUUUCAAGGUACCCAUAAUCUUGGGUAGACCUUUUCUCGCAACUGGGAGUGUCCUUAUUGAUUUGAGGGCUAAUGUGUUACUGUUCAGGCUUAAUGAUGAGGUGAUUUACUUUGAUGUGUGCCAAUCUAUAAAGCAACCCAAAGAGAUGAGUAUGUUCUCUAGUGUUGAUUUUUAUUAUAAAGACGAGCAAGAGGUGCCAAUCGAGGAAAAGUUUAUUGUGGAAAUGCUAGCUGCAGUCUUGAUGAAUUUUGAUAGUGAAGGAAUUGAGAAAUAUGGGGAGACCGUGUGUGCCCUGACGAUAAUGGAAUCAUAUUCAUAUGCUCCUAAGAAGCUGGAUUUAGAUCUUAAAAAUUGCCCAACACCACCGACUAAGCCAUCUAUUAAAGAGCCAUCGGUGUUGGAGGUGAAGGAGCUUCCAGUCCAUCUACGUCAUAAGAUUCAUCUUGAGGAGGAUUGCACAUUAACCAUUGAGCAUAAAUGCCAUCUUAAUCCACCAAUGCAAGAGGUGGUUAAGAAGGAAAUCAUUCAAUGGCUGGACGCAUGA